UGUUUUUCAGGUCAGUUGAACUGCAAAUCACGGGCUUUUCCUCAAACUGGUCUAAGGAUAGAAAAGGUCAACAACCAAUCGUAGCAUCUAGACGAACCAUCAAAUUGCCGAAAGAAUAGAAGUUACUCAAAGACCGCUAUUGGGGUUACAAAUUUUAGUUGGCUUCAAAGUACUGUGUGCUCUCUAGCUACUUAAGUGAAUCUUUCAUAAGUUUCAUACUUCCUUUAAACGUCAAUUGUUUUGUUUAUGUUUUGUUAUCGGCGUAUUGGCCUUUUGUCUUUACAGGCGUACGCAAUCUUAUUUUAAUGUUUUAUAAAAAAUAUAUUUUCGGCGUUUUUCCUUCUUUGUUUCAUUUCGGUUUGUUUUCUCGUAGUUAAGUCGAAUGUCAAGCCACUGAAAGUGACAACUGAUCUCGAAUUUACUUUAGAUGUGGUAAGUCGACUUCCAAAUCAGGCAACUGUGUUUACAUUCCAGUUCGUUAUCGAUCGCCCAUCAUCAGAACAACCCGAAAAGUCAUUAUUAAUUUAAGCACGUUUGCAAUUAGUCGCAUUCUAGUUUUGUAAUAAAUUAUGAAGCAAUUGCCGCUUAAAGCCGUUGAGACCUUUCAACCUAGUUUAAAAAGCCUAAAAACUGCUCUGGGUGAAAAUUUAACCCAAUAUUUUGCUGAUGUUAAUGUAAAGUUAGAACCCUGCCCCGAUUUGAAUGAAAGCCCGUUUCGUUUUCCAAUUUCUAAUAUAUCCAAAGGGGCAAUACUGGAUGUCGGGGGUCCCGCAAACUUACUUCCCACGCCUAAUAAGUCCAAAAAAUAUUCCCUGGAACAACUGCUGGAUCUAUGCAAUAUUCUCCAUGUACCAAAUGAGAUUAUUUUCGGCUCAUGUGCCGGACCGUUUUGGGAAAUGGGUAAAAAUAGUGAAAUGGUUGCGUGCAAAAAGUCAAGCUCAACCGAAUCGGAUUCGUUUUUGGGCUAUGUCGACGAAAGCUCGGAUGGUGCUAGAUUCAAGUGUUCGAGUUCCAACAAUUUCGGUCUUCUUGGCAAUUUCUUUGUUUGCAGCGAAGAAGAGGAAUCCACUAUCUUGAGAAUCAAAGCAAAAACUCGACUCACGAAUGAAAACUUUACAAACGCCAUUCGUAACGUGAUUUCUCAAAACUUUCCGAACCAGGUUGUCUCUCUUGGUGGCGUUUUUAGUGUAACUGGAUCACAAACUAAUUGUCACGUGAUGCCUGAUUUUUCGCAGGAACCUCUGGAAAAUGACAAAAUGGUUCAAGAUUGGCUAAAUUUCUACGAGUUUGAUGAGUCGAUGACCUUUGCAUCUGUGUUACACUCACAUGAUCCGGGGUUGAAUUUGAGAAUGGAGCAUUCGCAUGGGUAUAAUGAAGAGAGAAAACAAUUAGGUCAUUAUCACUAUGAUCUGAACCCGGAAACUGUUGAAUAUGAUGGUGUGUUUGCAUUGGCUACUAAAGUCGUGAGAAUUGACAUGCCGUAAUGUAACAGUGACUAAAACCUAAAGUUUCAAUUAUGCGAUGAAUAAAUGUUAUUUUUUUUGCAAUUAGUUUAAAAAAAAACAAAUAUGCAGCUGUUGUUGGCAAAUACAAUGGAAAACUUGGCCCAUGUAAACAAUCUCCCCCUUAAUAGACCACGUGAACUAUGCCCUCCCUAAAAUAAAUGAUAAAUUCAUGUUUCUAUGCUCAAAUCUGAUUGGCUCAAAAUAUUGCUUUUAACCAAGAGAACAAUCUCCACUUAAAUCGAUUUUUAGGGGAGAUUGUUUACUUGGUCCGAAAACUGAUACGCACUGGUCACGGGGUUACUUUUGAUCAACUACCUUUAUUUUAAGUACAAACCUGUAUAUCAUUUUCAUUUUUGACUGACAGUUUCGGUUUCAGUAUUUAUCAAAUAUGGCUGCAUUAAGUUAUUCUAGAAUUUUCUUUGAUAGUGAUUUGAUAUAUGUAUAUAUGUCAAUCUAACUGAGUCAUGGAAUUUAACCUAAUUUGUAAAUUGAUAGCAAACUGCUGUUUGUGGUGAUGUAUGAUAAUGGCAAUUCUGUACAAAUAUUCACGCAAUGUAAAUUUGUUAUCAAUCUAUGGUUACAUUCUGUCUCCUAACUGUCGUUAGUUUAGUCUAAAUUUAAUUUAGUUCUAAUUUUA